AUGUUAUCAGUAAGAUCAAGAUCAAUCAUGUCUACAAUUACCGCAUCUACUGGAUCAACUACACAUCAUCACCAUCAUCAUCAUCGACAUUCAAGUUCAUCGUCAUGUAAUUCUAAACAUUCAAUUCUUAUACCUUCUCCAUUGAACAAUUUAUUACAUUCAGAUAAACAAAUAAAGUAUCAUUUUUAUAGUCUUGGUGGAGAUUUCAUACGAUUAGCUUCAUAUCAUCGAUUUAAACAUCUAUUUCGUGUUGGUGGUGGUUCAUUAGUUAAAGAAGUUGUAUUUGAUUUAUCUACUUUUUUAAAAAGAGAAUUAAAUGAUAGUAACUCAACUACUCAUCAACAGUUGAAAGAUUUUUUAACUUCAAAUGAAACUAUACUUAAAAAAGAAGAAUCUAUGAUUUUAUGUGAUCAUCAUUUUGGUUUAAAAAAUUGGUUAUAUAUUAUCUUUGGAUAUAUGUUACAAACUUAUACUGAAGAAGAAGUUGACAAUUGUUUAGAUCGGAUUAUUGAAAUGUAUUUGGAUGCAAGAAAGAAUAGAAUAUCUCCAAAUGAUAUUAGGAUAAUUCGUGAUGAAAAAGAUAAUUAUAUUUUAAAAACUUUUGAAGAUUUUAUAACCAAUGUUCCAAUUAGAAAUGAUUUACUUUAUGAAACUAAAGAACGUUAUGUUAUUUUCAAACAAACCAAAGAUCAUAAAAUAUAUUUACCUGAUUUACCAAGAAUCCAAAAUAAACAAUUAUUAGUAAAAGCAUUAAUGCAUAAAGAAUUUUAUCGAAUAUUAUUGGAUCCAAAUCAUGAAUUUGCUAAAAAAAUGAUGUUAAAAAAUUAUGAUUUAGAAUUUAAUGAUUAUGGAUUAGUAAGAAAAGAAAUUUCAUUUCUAGAUGGAUUAGGUGAUUUAUUCUUAGCUCAAGAAACAUCAAAAUUAAUUUAUGAAUUAUGUAAAAAUGGUAUUCAUGUAAAUAGUACAACUUAUCAAUUAUUAAAAAUGAUUUUUGCUACUAAUACAUUAAUGUCAAAAUUAACAAAAGCUUAUAAUUUAUUUCAAGGUUUAGAUGAUCCUUUAAUUAAUAUUCGAAUUUCAAAUGAAUGGUUACCUUAUACUACUUUAGGUAAAAUGUUGGAAUAUAGAGAUGCUGAAGAAACAAGAAUUUAUGAAGAAGAAUUCUUAGGUGAUUUUUUUGAAAGUUAUAUGGCUGCUUUAUUACUUGAACAACCAGAAGUUGCAAAAUCUUUUAUUAGAGAAAUUUAUCAAAGAUUAUCUCAAGUUAUAACUGAAACUUUACCCCCAGAUGUAACUUAUCAAAAAUGGACAAUUGGAAUAUUGGGUAGAAAUAUAUAUAACAAAAAGGAUUCUGCCUUGUUAUAA